AUGUCUAGUCUGUCUACAAUAACGAUUGACCUGGUCCUAGACCGAUCAACGACGAAGGAUGUCCUUCGCGCAAUGCUACACUCAAUAUUAUUCCAUAGGUUAUUUGGCAUCGUAAAGCCGCAAACGUUUGAAGUCCUUGAUGUGACGAUGCCGGGAGUAUCAGACCCGGAAGUCGAACAGAUGGUACACGAAAAGGUGGACUUGUUUUGGAAGAGCAUCGAAAACGGUGGAAGUAAACGGGGCCAGAUAUUGGUAACAUUUUCGGAGAAACGGCAGAAGAAGGGAUGGUUCGUAUACAGCGGUGGAGAGGAGGACGUUCCUUGGGAACAAUGGGUAAUCAAUGCAGAAAUUCGACAACCGCUUGAUAGAGACAGACUCACUUUCGACUCGACGUUAGCAGCAACACUAACGAAAUCAAUACAGACCAUGCUCACGCAUACAUCAUCGGAAAGAGGCCGUUCCGUUGUACCUCCCAUCACACACAACGGGAUAUCUCCCUUUCCAUUCAAACUGGCUGUCAAGAUAAGCGGCAUAGAAAUUUUCUGA